AUGGAUAAUGAAAGUAUUAUUCGGAUUUGCGUGUCGGCAUUCUCUGAAGAGGAUAUAAGUGAGGCAAAAACACUUUUAUUCACUUCGACCAAAACUAGCAAGAAAUGCAUUUCCCGUCGCAAGGACAGAAAGCAGAAGGAUCUCGAGGACAUAAUUACAGUGUUUAAAACAAUAGAUCCCGAUCAAUUGCCCCUGUUCGUGGCCUAUGAGCUUCAUAAGCUACCGCCAGUUACCUUCGAUCAUGUCGACGUUACGAAGCUGUUAAAAGACAUUUUGGUGUUACAAUCAGAAAUCGCGACGCUGCAAUCGGUGACUUCGGAUAUUAAAAACAAUUACGUUACGAAAGAACAUCUAAAAAAUGUUAGUGAAGAAAUCAUAAAUCCGUUUUUUCAUUCAAAUGUGAAUAAAAUCCGAGGUGGAGGGUACGGCUUUGAUAGCGGGCCGGUCGGCCUACAGCCGGUACAAUCAGCUGAUCAUGGCGGCGUACACGACGUGACAGUGGAGGAGUCGUCACAGUAUACCUCUCCCGUACGCACGCAUUUGGACCCAGGGAGCUGUAGUAACCCCGUCCUUGUCGCGCUAACUAACUCGAAUAUGACUGCUACAAAUGUCACUGAUAAUAAGUCUUCGCCGCAAAAAUUGCCCGUAUCUCAGAAUAAACCUACUUUGGCUCAGAUUGUAAACAAUGGGCCUAAAAACGAUACUGAAGACGGUUGGUCGCUGGUACAAAAGAAAAAAAUAAAGAAACGGUUUGAAAGCAAAUCAGGGAAGGCGUGUUCUGAUAUAUCUGAAAAGUUUAAGGCGUCAGAUAUUAAAAUUCCUUUGUUCAUCUCAAACGUGAACAAAGAAACUACUGAAAAUGACAUCUGUGAAUAUGUAACCAAAAUGACCGGUGAAACACUGACUGUGUUCGUCGCCUGUGUGACCAAGUGGACGUGCUCGCCCUGCAGGAAACCUGGCUCCUGCCCCACGACGUAUCAUACCUGGGAACCAUCCACAAUGACUUCGCGUACACAGGGAAAUCAGCAGUGGAUACCUCAAACGGAAUCCUCAUUGGAAGACCAUACGGGGGUGUAG